CAUGCUUAUAGCAACCGAAGGAUAUAUAGGACCGCAGAUGCUGAAUCUCUAUCCAACUGUCUUGACCCCGCUCUGGAAGCCAUAGACCACGGCUGCGACGAUAUCAUCACGACGAGCAAAGCCUACCACACUCUUUCGAUAUUUGGCUCACCAGCUGGCUCUACGUCCUGUGAGACGACGCUACCCUACCUUGUAAAGCUCUUUCAAAAUGAUCGCCGGGCUGUCGAGAGCAAUUACCACACUCCUUGCACCGCUCCUUUCUCUGGCGGCUUUUUUGCUCAUCCUCUUUGCAUACCUCGCCCCAACGCUCAUGCUGUCGAUGCAAGUCUCACUACUCAAGGUUUCAUCGUCGACAGCCUUGACGUCAAAUUCGACCGUCUCGUCUGUAGAUGGGCCCACGAUCUUCCUAGGUGCCCUCGGCUCAUGCUCUCGCGCUAACAACGAAGCGACAGUUAGCUGCACAGUCCCAAGCGUGUCACCAACAUAUAAUCUCUCUGUAUUACCCUCCAAUGCACCAGAUAUAUUUGACACUCCGACAACAGCAACGCCCGCCUUCAUCGCUGUGUCCCUUGCCUUCACAGUGGUAUUCCUCUUUAUGUAUACCUUUACCGCACACCAUGCGAUUCUGGGACGAGCCGGCGUACCAUUCGAGCGUCCACAGGUUCAACGCGCGACGGCUUGGAUCGGCUUAUUGGGAUUCAUUAUCGGCAUCACAUCGUUCUUGAUUAUCUUCAUGUGGUUCACAAAGUCAGUCGAUGACUUCAACGAAGAUAUCAAGAAGCUUGGUAGUGACGCCCCCAAUUUGAUUGCGACUACGAGCAACGGCUUUGUCAUGGCAUGGAUAGGCUACGCCUUCUAUGCUGUUCCCCUUGCCAGUUCUCUGGCCAAGUUACAGGUCACGGUUGGUGGAAAGGCCUAGGCACCAGAAGAGAGAACGGACCUCUUACAAGUCGCAUUAGCACCGGACUUCUUACCCCCUAAACUGCACGCGCCCGUCUGCUCAUGAUUCCAAUGUAGUUAGUACCGGUGACCCUCCGAGCUGUUAUGUAUUCUAGAUACACAUUCACGACUAAUGAGAGCCAUAUGAUU